AUGGCCGCGGGCGGGACGUGGCGCUUCCUCCUCUGGCUGCUCCUUCCAGGUUUUUCCAGCUCCACCUUCCGUGGGCGGCUGGAGCUGGCCAGCAGCCACCUCACCCGCAAGGUCAUCUGGAUCCAGGCCACCCGGGACAUCUCGGUGGCUUGGGUCAACUACAAGGGAUACACCGUGGGGGCCACCACCGUCUUGCCCGUCGGGAAGCUGGGCACCAAGUACUACGUGGUGACGCCGGAGGACAACAGGAAGGAAGGGUUGAAGGAGUUUGUGGUGGCUGCUGGGAAGACCCCGGCCACCGUUUCCAUCCUACCCAAGGGCAAGCUCAACUAUGAAGGGAGGACCCAUCCACCUGGCUCCACCCUCCAAGUCUCCUUAGAUGCCUACCAGAGCCUCCAGCUCCAGAGCAGCGACGACCUCACGGGCACCGAGGUCACCUCGGACAACGUGGUGGCCGUUCUCAGUGGCCACACCUGUGUGAAGAUCAACUCGGGCUGUGACUUUGUGGUGGAGCAGCUUCUGCCCGUGGUCAGCUGGGGGACGACCUACGUGGUGCCCCCCAACCCCCUGCAGACCAAUGUGGACUUCACCUACGUGGUGGCAGCCAACAAAGGCUCCAUCACCUACAGCCAGGGGGAGGUGGUUCACACCAAGAGUGUGGAGGCCGGGGAGGUCCUCAAGCUUGAGAUGGGCCGCAAGGUUCCUCUUUACCUCAGCGCUUCGUUUGGGCUCCAGGUGGUUUAUUUCUUCACGGGUUUCUCAAAGAUAGACCCUUUUCUCCUCAACAUCCCACCCAUCUCCACCCACUGCACCUCCUACCACGUCAGCAGCCUGAAUGGCUUCUACAACCACGUGACCCUCGUCGCCCCAAGCGCCGACGCCAGCGCCAUCACCCUCAACCGGAAGAUGGACAGAACCAUCUCCUGGCAAGAGAUCCCUGGCACCAGUUUCUCCUGGGCCACGAUCACCAUGAGAAGGAGUGGGGAGAUCAAGAGCGCUGAGCACCCAGAGACACCCUUUGGGCUCCUGGUCUUUGGCUACGAGAGCUACCUGGGGUUUGGCUUCGCUGGUCUUUGCGCCACCAUUUCUCCUUCGCUUUCCUGCAAAGACCUGGGCUGCAAGAAGUGUGAGGUGGUGGACGACCAUGCCACAUGCAUCCCUGAGACCACCAGGUGCUGGGCUUCUGGUGGCCCCCACUACCACACCUUCGAUGGGAAAAGCUUUGAUUUCAUGGGCACCUGCACCUACGUCUUGACCAAGAGCUGUGACCCCGACCCCAACCUGCCCAUCUUCAGCAUCGAAGUACAAAAAGAGGACAGGGACAACCCACAACUGUCCCCUGUUGGCUCUGUGACUGUCCACGUCUACGACCUGACCGUGGUGGUGGUCAGGUUGGAAAAGGGGUUUGUGAGGGUGAACAACCUCCGCUCCCGCCUCCCCAUCUCCCUCGCUGAUGGGAAGCUCCACCUCCAGCAGAAGGGCAAGUUCCUGCAGCUCCAGACCAGCUUCCAUUUGAAGGUCCUCUAUGACUGGGCCGACCACGUGGUGGUGACACUCCCCAGGACCUUCUCAGGCAAAGUGUGCGGGUUGUGUGGCAACAGCAACGGGGACCCCCGGGAUGAUGCCCUCAAGCCUGAUGGUCAGUUGGUGCAGGACCUGGUGGAGCUUGGCCAGAGCUGGAAGGUGGCCAAUGAGAGCAGGUGCUGCCAGGACAACUGCAAUGGGGCCUGUGGGAGGUGCCAACCAGCUGAGGAGGCCACCUACAAGGGGGACACGUGGUGUGGGUUGCUCACCCAACAGCCAGGACCCUUCGAGAGCUGCCACGGCCUCAUCAACCCUGAGGUCUACCUGGAGAACUGUGUCCAUGACCUCUGCGCCAGCCACGGCCUCCAGGCCAAGCUGUGUCAAGCCCUGGAGACCUACGCCCACCACUGCCAGGAGGAGGGAAUAACCCUUUCUGAUUGGAGGACACCGGCACAUUGUGCUCUCUCCUGCCCACAGAACAGCACCUACACCUCUUGCGGCUCCCCCUGCCCCUCCACCUGCAACGUGGCCACCACCCCACCCACCUGUCCCACCACCCCCUGCCUGGAGACCUGCCAGUGCCAGGAGGGCCUCGUCCUGGAUGCCCACCAGUGCAUCCCCCAGGACCAGUGCGGAUGCGUCUUUGAAGGCCUCCUCUACGGCCCCGGUGAGGAAUUUUGGGGUGACACCACUUGCACCAAACGCUGCGUCUGCCACGCGAGGUCCAGGAGGUCCACGUGUCACCAGGGGAGGUGCCAGGCUGGCCAAGAGUGCCGGGUGGAGAGGGGCAUCCGAGGGUGCUACCCCAGGAGCUACGGGACCUGCACGGCCACUGGUGCCACCCACUACGAGACCUUCGAUGGUGGGAGGUUCGUUUUCCAGGGCACCUGUGUCUACCAGCUGGUGGGGUUGUGCAGGAAGAGCCGAGGCCUGGUGGACUUCCAGGUGUUGGUGCAGAAUGGGCACCAGGACAAGCAUUUUCUGGCCUCUAUAGCUGUCGUGAUGGUCAAAGUCUAUGGUCAAACUAUUGUGAUUAGCCAGGAGAACCCUGGCAAGGUCCUGGUCAACGACCAGUUGGCCAACCUACCAUACCAGGCCAAGGACAGGAGGAUCUCCAUCUCCAGAGGUGGGCUGGAAGCUGUGGUGGAGACCGACUUUGGCCUCACUCUCACCUAUGAUUGGAGGAGCCAAGUGACCGUGAGGGUGCCCAGCACCUACACCAGCACCUUGUGUGGCCUCUGUGGCAACUUCAACGGCAAAGCAGAUGAUGAGAUGAAGACGAGGAACGGGCGGGUGACGUCACAUCCGGACACCUUGGGGCGCAGCUGGAGGGUGACGACCCCCCCGGGCUGCCUGGAGCUGUCCAAGGUGGAAUGUCCCACCAUGGCGGCUGCUCAGCGCCAACAGGAGGCCUCCGAGAUGGGUUGUGGGAUCAUCCUGGAAGAGGAUGGACCUUUUGGAGCUUGUCACAUCCACGUGGACCCCAAGAGCUACUUCCAAAGCUGCCUCCAUGAUCUUUGCCUCUUCCCAGAGCAGGAGGACAUGAUCUGCCCCAUCAUCGCCCGCUACGUCGCCGCCUGCCAAGCUGAGGGUGUAUCUGUGGGGACAUGGAGGACGGAGAAGUUCUGCAGUGUUUUGUGUCCCACCAACAGCCACUACGAGCUCUGCCACCAGGACUGUGACCAGACCUGCCCUGGUGUUCCCGUCCCGGCGCGGCGCUGGGGCCGGUGCCGCGAGGGCUGCGCCUGUGACCGCGGCUUCGUGCUCAGCGGUGACCAGUGUGUCCCCAGGUCCCUCUGCGGGUGCCACCACCAGGGCUUCUACUACCAACUGGAGGAGACCUUCUACCCCAGCAAGCAGGAGCAGUGUCAGUGCCGGGCUGGCGGUGUGGUGGACUGCCAAAAACCCCUGUGUCCUGGAGGUGGUGAAGGAGAAGUCAUUGAUGGGGUCUUCCAGUGCCCACCUGCCACCCUCGGGACCUGUGUGGCCACCGGUGACCGCAGCUACGUGUCCUUCGAUGGGGUGGCCUUCAACAGCUCGGGCACCUGCUCCUACAUCCUCACGGAGACCUGUGCUGGUGAGGAUGUCAACUCCUUUGUGGUGACCAUUGAGAAGGACCCACGGCAGAAGAGGAAGGUCUCUGGGAUCCAAGCCUUGUCCGUUGAGGUCUACGGGCUCAUGUUGACCUUCACACGAAGCAGGAGAGGAGCUGUCAUGGUGGACUCCAUCUCCCACAACCUCCCGGCCAUCCUGAGCGAGGGGCGUGUCCAGGUACACCACCAUGGGAUGGGUGUCCUGCUCCAGACCGACUUUGGCCUCGUCAUCCUCUAUGACCUUCUCCAGCACGUGAUGGUCACCGUCCCCCAGACCUUCCAGGGCCACCUCUGUGGCCUCUGCGGCAACUACAACGGGCAACGCGACGAUGAUCUCCUCCUCCCUGGUGGCCAAGAGGCCCCCAACAUGGUGGCCUUCAGCUCUGCCUGGAGAACAACUGAUGUCCCUUGCAGUGAAGACUGUCCCAAGGCCACCUGUCCCACCUGCACAGAGGAGAAGGUGGUGGCCCUCCAGACACCCAACUACUGUGGCCUUCUCAAGGUCCCCGAUGGUCCCUUCAGCUCCUGCCACCACCUCAUUGACCCCAACUUCUACUUCCAAUCCUGUGUCCAUGACCUCUGUCUGGCUGAAGGGGACACCCAGGUCCUCUGCAGGAGCAUCCAGAGCUACGCCACCGCCUGCCAGCACGCCGGGGUGGUCAUCAAGGCUUGGAGAAGACCAUCCUUCUGCCCCUUGCCCUGCCCCCCCAACAGCACCUACACCCUCUGCACCAACCACUGCUCCAGGACCUGCCCAAGCCUGGCAGAUGCCACCACGUGUCCCCAGACCUGCCUGGAGGGCUGCCAGUGCCCCCCGGGGACCUUCUUCACCACCCACGGCUGCGUCCCGCGGGGCCAGUGCGGCUGCUUCCAGAACGGGACCUACUACCAGACCCCCACUAACCGCUGCUGCCCCCCCCGCCCCACCGCCGACGAGACCUGUGACGUCAUCGACGGCGUCAGGAGCUGCGUCAACAACGACCCCUGCAAAGCCCUCGGCUGCCGCUCCAAGGAGAGGUGCCACCUGAAGGAUGGCCAAGCCAAGUGUGUCCCAUCCCUGGUUGCCACCUGCUGGGCGUGGGGGGACCCUCACUACCACACCUUCGAUGGGCUGGACUUUGACUUUGAAGGCACCUGCACCUACACCAUGGCUGAGUCCUAUGGGAACGACACCACCUUGGAGCCCUUCAAGGUGGAGGCCAAGAACUCCAUCCAGGAUGGGGUGAAGUCCAUCUCCUACAUCAGCUUGGUCAAGGUCAAGGUCUAUGGCCACCAGGUCUCCAUCCACCAGGGGGAAGUGGGAAAAAUCCGGGUGGACGGGGAGGUGGCCCUGCUGCCCGUGGCCCUGGCCGGGGGGCGGCUGCGGGGGCUGCAGCGCGGGGGCCGCGCGGUGCUGGAGGCGCCGUUCGGGCUCCGCGUCACCUACGACUGGCGCUGGCACCUCCUGCUGGACCUGCCCAGCUCCUACCACCGCCACGUCCGCGGCCUCUGCGGCGACUUCAACCUCCGUCCUCACGACGACGUCCCCGGCCAGGAUGUCCCCACUUUGGUGGCCUGGGCCAGCACCUGGAGAACCUCAAGCGACGAUGACGACGACCCUUUUUGUUGGGAUCACUGCGAAGGUUCUUGCCCCGUUUGCCCCGAGGAUAAGAAAGAGCUUUAUGGUGGCAACCAGUACUGUGGCCUCCUUAAGAAAAGGUUCCAAGGGCCUUUCCGGGCUUGUCAUGACAUCAUCAACCCAAGGGACUUCUACCGGAACUGCCUCUAUGACGUCUGCAUGAGUGGGGGGGCACAGCAGGUCCUGUGCCAGGUGCUGGACUCCUACGCUGUCACCUGCAGGAGAAGCGGGGCCGCCGUGGAGGACUGGAGGACCCCGGCCAAAUGUCCCCUGCCCUGCCCCCCCAACAGUCACUACGAACCCUGUGGCUCUGCUUGUCCCGCCACCUGCUCUGAUCCUGAAGCUCCGGCCACGUGUCCCCACCCCUGCCUGGAGACCUGUGCCUGUGACCCCGGCCACGUCCUCAGCGGCGGCCUCUGCGUGGCCCUGGCCCAGUGUGGCUGCACCCACGACGGUCGCUACCACCCCCCGGGCCAAGAGUUCUGGGGGGACACGACGUGUCAGCGCCGCUGCCGCUGCGACCCCACGUUGGGCAUCGUCCUCUGCCAACCUGGGAAGUGUCGGGAUGGGGAGAAGUGUCUCCUGGUGGAAGGGACCAGGAGAUGCGUGGCCACCAAGCACUUGGUCUGCGUGGCCAGUGGGGACCCCCACUACACCACCUUCGACGGGCACCGCUUCGACUUCAUGGGGAGCUGUGUCUACCAGUUGGCUGCUCUCUGCUCCCCCCACCCCCCCGGGCUUGUCCCCUUCAACGUCACCGUGGAGAACGACCACCGGGGCAGCCGGGCGGUGUCCUUCACCAAGGAGGUCACCCUGAGUGUCUACAACAUCAGCCUCAGCCUCAGCAGGGAGCACCCCCAGAAGCUCAAG